AGCCCGCGAGGCCGCGCGCAGGCGGGUCCCGCGCUGCCCCGCGGGAGGGGCCGAGCUCGUGUUCCUCCUCCCUACCGGUCCCCAUCCUUAAAGCACGAGUCCGGACGCCCCGCCUGUUGGAGACGGCGCCUAGAUCUGGACAGCGAGCGGCCGGGGUGGGCCACGGCCGACCGAGGAGGGCCUGAGGCAACGGACCCGCCGCGGCUGGCACACGAGCCUCUCGGCCCCGACUGAGUGGUUGCGGGAGCUGUGAGGGAAGGGGUCGCGGGCGCCAUUGCUGCCCGUCAGAACGCCGCAGGGUCCCCGUCAGCCCUCGGCUGCUCUCCCCUGGCUGGGAGGAGCCGUUGCCAGUCCCCGGCCCGGUCUCGUGAAUCGGGUGCCUCAUCUGCCGCCCGCGCCGAGACCAUGUUUGACAAGACGCGGCUGCCGUACGUGGCCCUGGAUGUGCUCUGCGUGUUGCUGGCUGGAUUGCCUUUUGCAAUUCUUACUUCAAGGCAUACCCCUUUCCAACGAGGAUUAUUCUGUAAUGAUGAGUCCAUCAAGUACCCUUACAAAGAAGACACCAUACCUUAUCCGUUAUUAGGUGGAAUAAUCAUUCCAUUCAGUAUUAUCGUUAUGAUUGUUGGAGAAACCCUAUCUGUUUACUUUAACCUCUUGCACUCGAAUUCCUUUAUCAGGAAUAACUACAUAGCCACUAUUUACAAAGCCAUUGGAACAUUUUUAUUUGGUGCAGCUGCUAGUCAGUCCCUGACUGAUAUUGCCAAGUAUUCGAUAGGCAGACUGCGGCCUCACUUCUUGGAUGUUUGUGACCCAGACUGGUCAAAAAUCAACUGCAGUGAUGGCUACAUUGAAAACUACAUAUGUCGAGGGAAUGCACAAAAAGUGAAGGAGGGCAGAUUGUCCUUUUACUCGGGCCACUCUUCAUUCUCCAUGUACUGCAUGUUGUUCGUGGCACUUUAUCUUCAAGCCAGGAUGAAGGGAGACUGGGCAAGACUCUUACGCCCUACACUGCAAUUUGGUCUUGUUGCUGCGUCCAUUUAUGUGGGCCUUUCUCGAAUUUCUGAUUACAAACACCACUGGAGUGAUGUGUUGACUGGACUCAUUCAAGGAGCUCUGGUUGCAAUAUUAGUUGCUGUAUAUGUAUCAGAUUUCUUCAAGGAGAGAAAUUCUCCUUUUAAAGAAAGAAAAGAGGAGGACUCUCAUACAACUCUGCAUGAGACACCAACGACAGGGAAUCACUAUCGGAACAGUCACCAACCUUGAAGGUGGCAGAGUGCCCAUAUGAAGCUGGCCUGCUUUCUAAAGGAAAUGAUUGCAACCAGAAGGCAAGAGGAUGCAUCCUUCAAGCCUUUAAGGGGACUGCUGCUACUGUACCUCUUGGAUGCCCACUUUACCUGUGUGUAUAUAGUUACAUUUAACACAAUGGUUAUCUAAUAGCUCUAAGUUCAUUACAAAAAAUUUCAAGCCUUUCACUAAAACAAAUGCCCCACCUGUACAUUUUUUUAUUAAAAAAAUGUAAUGCUUAUGUA